UGAAUACUGCGUCUGGGGACUUCGCCGCACUAGUACGGCAACCUGAUUGACAAACAUCACCAACGCCCAUAAAUUGGCUAUAGGAAAUGAAUCAAGUCGUGGAAAGAGUCUCUUUCUCAGAUAAUUGAGAAAAGAUACACCCUGCUCAGCGCGCUCCUCGUGUAAUAGCACAGACUCGACUGCUCAAUAGGGGCUGGUGAUUUCAGACUAGAGGUGUCUCUAUUGUAUAACUCUCGUUCUGCUCCUUUUUGAUUUAUCUUUUCGCCUCGCUUUUUCACUUCGACUACCGGUAGCAUAUCUGUUCUGCGUUCUCAUUUCUACUGUCCAUUUGCGUCCAUCCAAAAUGGCAACACGAAUCGAUAAAGAGGCUUGCAGGGACGCUUAUAACCUCGUCAGAGACGAUAACACAGAGAUAAACUGGGCCGCGUUUAAAUAUGAGGGUCAUAUGAUUGUGCCGGCGGGCCAGGGGACUGAUUAUGAAGAAUUCAAGAGUCAGUGCACAGAUGAUGUGCGUCUCUUUGGCUUUGUGCGGAUCACGACGGGUGACGCCAUGAGCAAGCGUGCCAAGUUCACCCUCAUCACCUGGAUAGGGGAAAACGUGAGCGGCCUGCAGCGUGCCAAGAUCAGCACUGACAAGACAUUGGUGAAAGACAUUGUCCAGAACUUUGCCAAGGAGUUCAUGAUCAGUGAUCCUCGUGAGCUGGAGGAGGACUACAUUCGCACCGAGCUGAAGAAGGCAGGUGGGGCCAACUAUGACGCCCAGGGAGAGUAGAGGAGAGUCCACCAGGGCGGGGCAGGGGAGCGGCUGCUACAUUUUGGGGGAGGGAGGGGUAUUCAUGCCUGGAUGAGGGAGAGAGGGGGAUAUAUAUACACACACACAUGUACACACACUUACACACAGGUACACACAUUAAAACACAGCAACACACACACACACACACUCUCGCAAAAAAGCAUGUUGAGACACACUCAGACAUAUAUAUGGCUAUAGUCCUAUCCUCAGCCCUCUCACCUGUACGGUCAUGGAUGAUUAUCUACUGUACUGUGCAUCAUCUCACUAUCAUCUCAGCUGCAGAGCAACGUUAUGAACUCUCUCAAUCUGGGGGGCUGUGUUUGUG